UGUGGACGUAGACGUGUCUGUGUGUGAGUGAGUUUCACGUGUUAUGGAGAAGAAGGAUACGAUAGCGACUUACAAUAUGGAGAGGUUUAAAGUGAGUUUGAGUGAUGACCGUAACCUGAAAACCUACGGAGGAACCUCUCACGAAACGUCGCUGGCGAGAGCUUUGGAUUCAGAGUUCACGGAUUCAUUAGGAGAUGGGACCGAUGACACACCGUUUGUCUCAGACAAAGACAAAAUGUCGGGAUACGAGACGAAUCUCUAUCUCUACUCGGAGGAGAUGGAGGAUCGGCCUCGCAUUUCGACCCUCAUCAGUUCACUCGGCAGCUACUCCAACACCAUCAGUCCUCCCCCGGCCGACCCCGACGCAAAGCCAACAGGAGGCGGCGCUCGCAUGGGCACCUUCAUCGGCGUCUACCUACCCUGCGUGCAGAACAUCUUCGGCGUCAUCCUCUUCAUCCGUCUCACUUGGGUCGUGGGAACAGCUGGAGCAGCUUACGGCUUCUUCAUCGUCUUCACCUGCUGUUGUGUUACUUUGCUGACUGCCAUCUCCAUGAGCGCCAUCGCCACCAACGGUGUUGUGCCGGCUGGAGGGUCGUACUUCAUGAUAUCACGGUCGCUCGGCCCAGAGUUUGGAGGCGCUGUUGGAAUAUUGUUCUACAUAGGCACAACCCUGGCCGCUGCCAUGUAUAUCAUUGGAGCUGUCGAAAUCGUUUUGACAUACAUGGCACCGAGUCUUUCAAUAUUUGGGGACUUCACAAAGGACGUAAACAUCAUGUACAACAACUUCCGAGUGUAUGGGACAGGCUUGUUGAUGGUCAUGGGCACCAUCGUGUUUGUCGGGGUCAAGUUUGUCAACAAGUUUGCUUCCGUCGCUCUCGCCUGCGUCAUCCUGUCCAUCCUGUCCAUCUACGUUGGAAUCUCCGUAAACUUCAACGGAAACGAUAAACUCAAAAUGUGUGUGCUGGGAAAACGACUGCUGAAGGACAUAAAUAUUGAGAACUGCACAAAGGAGGAAGGAGGCCCUCUGUUCAAUCUCUUCUGCAACAGCUCCACUGGUGGCCUGGCAGGCUGUGAUCCUUACUUCCAGGAGCACAACAUCUCCAUUGCCAACGGAAUCAUGGGUCUGUCCAGUGGAGUCUUCUUCACCAACAUAUAUGACAGUUUCUUGGAGGAAGGUCAGUUUAUCGCUCGUUCCAAAGAUCCUGAGGAGAUUGAGCCACUAGACCGACCAAUCUACAACCAAGUGGUCGUUGACCUCACGACCACCUUCACUAUUCUCAUCGGCAUCUUCUUCCCCUCAGUAACAGGUAUCAUGGCUGGGUCCAAUAGAUCGGGAGAUCUAGCGGAUGCUCAGAAGUCAAUUCCAACGGGAACGAUCUGCGCCAUUUUGACGACUUCCACUGUUUACCUCUCUGCUGUGUUACUGUUUGCUGGCACGGUAGACAAUUUACUCCUGAGAGACAAAUUUGGCCAAAGUAUAGGGGGGAGACUAGUGGUAGCCAACAUAGCUUGGCCCAAUGAAUGGGUGAUUCUGAUUGGUUCGUUCCUGUCCACCCUGGGAGCCGGCUUGCAGAGUUUGACCGGAGCCCCUAGACUGUUACAGGCCAUAGCUAAGGACGGCACCAUCCCUGUGAUAGCUCCACUGGCAGUUUCCUCGAGCCGUGGAGAACCCACCCGAGCCCUUAUCCUAACUGUGAUGAUCUGCCAAUGUGGCAUCCUCCUUGGCAACGUUGACUUUCUCGCUCCCCUGCUGUCUAUGUUCUUUCUCAUGUGCUACGGAUUCGUCAAUCUCGCCUGCGCUGUCCAAACCAUUCUGCGCACCCCCAACUGGCGUCCUCGGUUCAAGUACUACCACUGGUCCCUAUCCCUGACUGGACUCUCCCUGUGCAUUGCGGUUAUGUUUAUGACAAGUUGGUACUACGCCUUGACUGCUAUGGGUAUGGCUGGCAUUAUCUACAAGUACAUUGAAUACAGAGGAGCGGAGAAGGAGUGGGGAGACGGAAUACGAGGUCUUGCCCUGAGCGCUGCCCGCUAUAGCCUGUUGCGCCUGGAGGAGGGUCCACCUCACACCAAGAACUGGCGUCCGCAGAUACUCAUCCUCGCCAAACUAACAACGGACUUGGUACCCAAGUACCGGAAGCUCUUCACACUCACCUCUCAGCUGAAAGCCGGCAAGGGGUUGACUGUGUGUGUGUCUGUGAUCCCUGGGGAGUAUACCCGCUGCAGUGGGGAGGCCCUGGCUGCCAAGCAGAGUCUGCGCAAGACCAUGGAGGAGGAGAAGGUGAAGGGCUUCGUAGAUGUACUUGUCUCCCAGGACAUUGCCGAGGGUGUCAGCCAUUUGGUGCAGACUACCGGACUUGGAGGAAUGAAGCCCAACACUGUAGUGCUUGGUUGGCCGUACGGUUGGCGACAGUGUGAGGAGGACCGAACCUGGCGCACAUUCUUGGAAACUGUCAGAGUGAUAUGUACUUCCCGCAUGGCUUUGCUGGUACCCAAAGGCAUCAAUUUCUUCCCAGAGUCAACCGAAAAGGUUGCUGGCAACAUUGAUAUAUGGUGGAUCGUACAUGACGGAGGGCUGUUGAUGCUGCUACCGUUCUUGCUCAAACAACACCGCACCUGGAAGAACUGUAAGAUGCGAAUCUUCACUGUCGCGCAGAUGGAAGACAACUCCAUCCAGAUGAAGAAGGAUCUCAAGAACUUCCUCUACCAACUGCGAAUCGAUGCUGAGGUGGAAGUUGUUGAAAUGACGGAUAAUGACAUCUCGGCUUACACAUACGAGAGGACUUUGAUGAUGGAACAGCGAAACCAAAUGUUACGAGAACUGAGACUCAACAAGAAAGAAACGUUAGGCAUGGUUGAGUUCAACGAGAUUCCAUCGGAAGAGAACAUGCCACUGGUCCAGGCAAUAGUAGACCACCAUCAUGAUGUCAAGACAGCGACCAAGGUUCGCUUCCAAGAGCCGAGUUCAGAGGGAGGAGGCGAUGAGAAGGAAAAUGCAGAUAAUCAGGGAGAGGAGAAAGCAGGAGGUGAUAGUUCGGAGAAGUCGCCAGUGAUAUCCAAUAACAAGGCGGCGGCCAUGUCGGCGGUGAAGGAGGCACAAGGCACAGGAGACAACAACAAACCUGCCAUCACUCCAGACGAAGGCAAUGUGAGAAGAAUGCACACGGCAGUGAAGCUGAAUGAAGUUAUAGUUAACAAGUCUCACGACGCGCAACUCGUUAUUCUCAACCUACCAGGACCUCCACGCGACACCAAACUGGAGCGGGAGGCAAACUACAUGGAGUUCUUGGAGGUGCUUACAGAAGGGCUAGAGAGAGUUCUCAUGGUAAGAGGAGGCGGCCGAGAAGUCAUCACUAUCUACUCAUGAGCAAUCAUAUGCCUGCACCUAGCAUUGGUUUUACAUUUUUAUACAAAACGUUAUAAUUUCAUCGUCACGUUUCAUUUUCACAAUCAAGAACGACUACAAGUCCAAUAUACAUCAGUUUUAGCGUAUUAUGAUUUAACAAGUUUUACAUACCAUUUAGUAUGUAUGUGACUUUUUAUAUUGUUUUAUAUGCGUUUGCAUUUAAUUUAGACUCGUCUGUUAAGAUAUACUCUUAAUCUCCAUUAUGUCAUUGCGACUAUUUACGAGAUGUUUCGUUCUAGAAAAAGGGUAUUAGGUUUUAACUUUAGAAAUCUUUUUUUUUUGUCCACCAUUAUAAUCUUGUAUCUUUUUGUUUUUGAGUCAUAACUAGUUAGUAAAUAGGAGGAAUGAUAUUUUGUAGAUUACGAAUAUAUUUUGUUGUUUUCACGUAUUAGAUACUAAGAUAUAUGUAUACUGUUAAUUUAUAUACAAGAAUUUUGUUUGCAUUUGAGAAAGAAUCGUCAAUUGCAAAAGUUGUAGAUAAUUCUAGUUAAUGAUGUAGACUAAUCGUUUCGGACUCUCAUUCAUCUAGUGAUGUAACAUACAUUUUCAAUACUAUAAACACCCUCGCUCAGUUUUAUACUAUGUGUUUGUUGAAUUAUUAUACUGGAUGUCGUGAGCUAUAUAUAUAUAUCGAAUACAUGAAAGAUUUAGUGAAACCGACAAAUACCUUCUGAGAUUUUCAGGAGGGUGAGGACGCGGUCUCAGACCCUCGUACAAAGUGGACAUUCAUCACGUUUUAACUAGUCUUAGAGGUUAAUUUAAUUUAUUGCACGUCAUUGAGCGUAGAACAACUCCUAUGGAUCGACAAGCGGACACGGAUCAAAACCGUUACUAUGGUGAUUGUCAAAAUCCAAAACGUCACCGAGAUUUCCAUAGAAAAUUUAAAAGUCCGUAAUAUUUCAAACGGAUUCCCGACAUUUAAUUGUGUAAGUGUGUCGUAGUUAGUCGUACGUACGGAAUCAAUUAUUGUUGUCUUAGAUAUAGGUAGGUUAGGUUUGUUACCACUAGGUGCAACCGUGUUUACACUAGUGGUCGAGUCACUUACCGCAGUAAUUCAUCGUCUUUGGUAUCGGUUUAAACACUGUACAUACUGUGUGAAUGUGCGAGUUUGUCUGAUAUAACUACGCUAGACUGAGCCAUGCACAACAAUCGUACCUGUUAUAUACCUUGUACCUCGACUACUCGACUCUCAACUGUGCCCCUUGUCAGCCUUUUAUAACUUUUGGGAAAAGUCAGAAUUUAAAAAUUUACUCUCGGGAUUGAGACGCUAUAGUAUGCACAAAUUGAAGGGUUAUACGGAAGCUUCAUCUGAUUUUGAAAUGAAGACACAGCGCUUGGCUCAGUCUAUGCCACUUCGGUCACUUGUACUAUACUCCGUGUGACUGCUACAAUCCGCUACGUGUGAGUGGUUUUUAGCUAUUUGUGUGUAAUAAUUUAGCAGCUCGAUGAUUACCAAAUUGAAUAUUUUUGUAGAUAGUGAUUAUAUUGUUUUUCUUCAGAGGUUUAUUGUUACGUAUAUUGUAAGCUAUUCUCGUUGAACUCACGACUUAAUUUCCCGUUGAGUGUUAAAAUAUGUUACCAUUUUUUAAACUGUUACUUGGAUUUGGAGUAUUUAUCCGAUUAAAUGUUAGAUUAAAUGCAAAAAUAUAUAGCAUACUUGAUUUUAUAAUAACUGGCGAUAAAACAAAAUGACCUCUCUGUGUUAAUAAAAUGUGAUUAAUCAAUAUUGUAAAACUAAAAAUUGUCUUUAUUGUUGGGGUUAGGAAAGGAGGUUUUAGUCGGCUUGUUUCUAUUAUCAGAUGUAUAGUAGUUAGAUGGAUCAAUUGAUGGAAAAUGAUCGGAUCGCAGAGGUAUUGAUGAGGACUACACUGAGAGUUUUAAGCUAUCAUUUGCUGAUACUUCCAGGAUCACUUUGAGGAGAAUCACAACUGUUUGAAAUGCUUUAUGAGUUUAAGAAAGGGCUUUUAAGUAGGUAAAUUAGAAACAGCUGAUUAAGUGGUAAAGGCUUUAGCUUAUCGAAAGUAAAAUUAUGGUUUCUCAACUAAAUAUAAGAAUAAUUGAGUUUUCAUUUCAUAAACAGUGAGUUUAAAAAGCUCAGUUGGAAUAUUGGUCUGUGUGUUUUGUAAUGGUUAAUUAAUAAACCAUUUCAAUUCUAUAUAUGUUAUUGCAUUCUAAAUAAUAUAAACAUUGGUCAAAGAGUGUGUUUGUAACAGCAAACACAUAAUCUUAAAAAUCGAAUCGACCAUUUGUUGGAUAGAGAACUAGAUUCAGAAAUUCUGUAAAUGGGAAAUAGUAAAAUUUAUUACACAGCAUUCAAUUCAAAAUGUUAAUUGUUUUUUAUUUAAAAUAUUUAAAACUAGAAAGUUGUUAACUAGUUCAUAAAAGAUAGCAAAAUUCUCAGACCAUCCAAGUCCAACUCUACUAAUUUUUUAAUAAGUCAUCAAAUGACUUUAAUAUUGUUAACUAGUAAUUUUUUGGCAUGUUAACAUUGAAAAAGGAUUAUAUCUAAGACUCAAAGUCAUGUAUUUAAACUUAAAGAAAUAUAUUAUCAGAUAGUUUAUGAUUGUUACUUUGUGUAAAAUUUUCCUUUUUAAAAUAAAUUUAUAUACAUGUUAGAAACUAAAAUAUUUAAAUAGAGGUAAUUUAGUCUGUGAUCUAUUCUGUUUGAAAUUCAUAAGCAGAUUGACUAUUUUAUGAUUUCUGUUGUUUAGUUAUAGAAUAUAAGUCAAGAAUAAAAAUAAAAAAUUAUCUUGUUAAUUAAAAAAAAUACUUUUGUUAAUUAUAAAAUUAAUCUUAACUGUCAGAACUAUGUUAUAGAAAUACUAUGUGCUAUUAUCUUUUACUUAAAUCUUAAUUUGUUUUACAUGACAAUCAUAUUGUUCAAUUUCGAUCAAGAAUUUUGUAGGUGAAAGCAUUUUAUUUGUAAUCUGUUUAUUGUUUUGUUUAACUAUAUUUUAAAGAGUCUUAUUUCUAUUUUAAGAUUGCCUUUUGUGUGAAUUUAUGUUUUAUGAUAGUAUAAUAUUGUUUAUUUACUCUGUUACCGGUACUUACUAUAUAAAGUGUUACUUCGAGUUAUUCUACACAAGUUCAUUGGUUUAGUGUAAAAUAUCCUUAAACACAAAUAUACAUUGUAAUGUUAGCACAUCACUAAAAUAGCCUACUAAAGAUUUUUUUACUUGAAAUAUAGGCUAUGUCUAAACAUUUAUUCAAAACUAAUAGCUUUUCUUUAAAGAUGUUUGUAAGAACCCCAACACAAAUUAAACUGAACCAUAAACAGUUUAACACAAAUUUUCUUGAAGGUGAAAAAAUAAAAAGCGUUUGUUUAACAUGGAAGGUGCUCAGAAACCAUAAAAUUGUUCUUUGUUGAUCGUGUGCCUUCUACAAUGUCUCUAGUUUAAUUUAUUCAAUUUCCAAAGAUCAUCCAAAGGAGAAAAUUUUAAGUCGUAGGUUAAUAAGAAUAUUUGUGCCAAGGAUUACUGUGCUAAUUUUUAAUUUUUAGUGCUGCUAUGCAUGUGAUACGCUUCAGAGCGACUUUUGUUAACUUUAAGCUUUUCAAAAUCCGAAUUCCUUACUAUUUUUACUUUUUAGCAAUUAACUUUAGUGUGUUAAUAUUUUCAUUGGAGUUAUUCUCAGUUAAGUUUUUGAGACUGAACUAGGGGGUUAACCUCUAGUUUGAGGUCAUUCCUUUUCAAUUACAGUUUUAUUGUCUUAUUACUUGGCCUAAACAAUAUUUAAACAUUUCAAAGUUUGAUGAACUAAGUUUACUGAUAGGCUGUGAGCAUAGGAAUGACGCGUCAAGUGUCCGAUGAUUGACAUCGGUGGGUUCAUUAACGUCUGCGAGAGUCACUACGUUUCCACUUCUGUAGUGACUGUUAAUAGAUGUCUUAUAGUGAAUUUAAAUACAGAAUUUAAAAUCAAAUCUUAAAUUAUUUAAAGAAGUAAUUAUUAUAUUCAUAUAGGGAAUAAUAUGAUAAAUAUAAGAUAUGUGUUGAGAGUAAAUAAAAAAAAGUAAUUA